UACGAUUCCUAUGUUCUUUGCGUGAUACCCGUCGAUUUCUAUCGUCACCAAGUUAUUGCUUUGCUGAUUUGGAGUCGAGGCAUCGUUUGUCUUCUCCUCCACCCCUUCGCUUCUCGCAGCACAUCGCAGCCGCCCGCUAGGUUGGCGCGCAUUCCCGUGGAGAUGGAUCCCAACUACAGCAUGGAUGUAGAUGAUCUCUUCGGCGACUCGGAGCAUGCUACCCUCCAGAACAUUACCGCAGUGCCGCCCGUGAAGGGCCUUGCUAGGAGAGUCGAUGAACUUGGUGCUAACGGGUGUUGCCAAAAGAUUGCAUGGUCCAAGAACGGCUGCGUGGCCUACAUCACCCCAGAUGGUGCUGCAGUACACCUCAAAGUCUUCUCUCGAGACAUCGAAACUGGGAAAUGGGAUCUCGGGAAAGAUGUAGCCUUGAAAGUCCCACAUGGCCGUGAACACUUUUCGUUUAUCCACCUGUCCUGGAGUCAUCUAGGAAACGACCUUGUAGUCGUUGAUGUUGCAGGUCGUGUGCUGAACUUCUCUUGCACCAUGGCUCUAGACAGGAUGCCAUACGUCAAGACUGAGCUGGCACAUCCAGAAGCUGAGGCAGACGGAGUAGUGGGCCUACAUUGGCUGGCGAUAUACCCGUACGAGCAGAAGAACCACAUUGCAUGGUCGGCCGAAAGAGAAGGGGAGAAGUGGAAAUGGAACAUCCGUUCUCACAUGUUUCAUGAUGCACACCACCCCAUUCCUAGCAAAGCCUCUCUCAUCUAUCUCAAGAGGCAUGGCGAGCUUACUCUGCGAUUUCAACAGAACGACAACACUUGGCAAGAAUCAUCCACUCAGCUGGGACCCAUGAUCUCCACGCAGGACUCUUUUACACACGCGGCUUUCGCAUCUAACAACGAUGACAGCUUGUUGAUGGCGGCAUACAAUGUAAAGCGACGACUGCAUCUGUACCGCAUCGAAACCGCCUGGCAGGUGCCGCAGGAGAAGCACAGCCAGAACGCUGGGCACUUCGACAAACCUGGCCUGCAAAUUUCGUUGCUUGCUAUCGAAGAAAACUGCGGGCCUGUCAAUAUGAUCACGGACGGUCUCGACAAUGGCGCUGAAGCGAGAGGCACAGCACCCGCGCAACUUACACAUCUCAGCUUCCUGCCAGUCACGCCUGAUCUGAGUGAUGGUUUGCUACCCACGAUCCAAGCCAUCUACUGUAGACCGCCGACUCUAGUUUCUGUGGACCAUCUGCAACCACAGGAGACUCCACACAGUGUGAUUGUCAAGUGGGAGGUGAAUCAGCUACAGCAGAACCGGCUACAUUCAAGCCUUGACCAAGUCACCUCCAAGAAGAAAGCAAUCGGCUCUGUCACAGCACGAACCAUCUUCCAGCUCAAGCGAGCCACGGACUUUCCCACGCACGCAGUUGUACUGUCAUGCAUACCUGUCUGGUACCACAUGCUUCUGGCCUUCCAUUACAGCGACGGCACGAUUGAGUUCCGAAAGCGGUCGACCAUGGAGAUUCUCGUCAACGAUGGCAACACAGACACCGUAACAUCCCUUUUACAGGCCGGCUAUGCCUUUCCACACGGCGAACCAUCCCUCCACAUGGCCCUCUCACCAAACUACUGCAUAUCAGCUUGCAUGCAGCAAGACUCCAUCAUCAAGCUCCGCUCCCUCGAAUACCAACGCGGUACACUCUCCAUCUCCGACGACGACCCGCGCAGCUCCGCCGCUCUCGCAGCCAUCAUGCUGCAAUCCGCAUCCUCAGCCAACCAAUACUUCUCCAGCGACGACAUCUUCAGCGUCAUGGGUCCGCUCUCUGACAAGCGCAAGAGUGACUUCGCGACCCUCCUCUUCGAAGCCCUGCAAGUAAACAUCGACUGCGGCAUCGACGACAUGAACAACAACUACCUGAUGCUUCUCGGGCGUUCACCCGUCUUCGUCAAAACGCUCUCCGCAAUCCACCUCCUGGGUCUCAAAUCGCCCGUCGAGCGCGACCUGAGCAGCAAAAUGGCCUGGAUAAUCCUCAACAUCAAAUACGUCACCCAGAUCCUGACGAGCAUAACGCGCAUGCACGGACACAUCGACAAGACCCUCCUGCGCCCGGAGGUAGUUCCGCAGUUCAUAGGCAUAUGUCGGUGGAUAAUGCACUUCAUUGCAUACACCAUGGACUCGCUCUUCACUUUGGGACGCUCCCUCCUCGACAUCCCACCUUCCGACCUCACCGCGAUCAAGCUCGCCCAAGUUUUCGCAGAACAAAACAAUCCCGCGGUCCUGCUCCUGCUCUCCGCCUUCCCACGACACAUGAUGAAACUCUGGUCGCAGCCAUUGGCCUGGGUAAAACGGUCGGCAGAGAACUUUACAAACCCCAGCGCCCCCGUCCAGUCCCCCGAAGUGCGCAAACUAUACGCCCCGCUCGCCGCCGCCUUGUCCGAGAUCCCGUUCGACUGGCGUUGGUUCGAGCGGCUGGUCUCCGAAACACACGAAGCCACGCGGGCGGCGUACAAGAAAGCCGGUUCCAGCGACGCUGCGAGGAAUAGUAUGGAGCGCGACUUGCUGAUGGGGAAGUUGCCGGAGAUAUACCUCCCGCUCGCGAAGCGGCUGCUCACAGAGCAGCUGUGGAAUGGCGAGAUUCCCGGCGGCUGUCUGGCGGAUAAGUUGGAUGCGGGGCGACUGAUGUUCUUCGACACCACCUGGCUCGGGUUCCAAGAGUCUCGUCGCGCAGAAGAAUGGCACGACACGCACGUAGUUGACGUGUGCCAAAAGAUGAUCAUAAGAGGGGCUGGCACGCAAGAACAUCCUGUGACGAGCGCGACGCAGACGGGGUGGAGUCGGAGUGAUAGCACGCUGAGUGCGAAUGGUGGGGAGGAAGGGCGAAAGAGGAAGCAGCUUAGGAGGUGUGUGAGGUGUGGGAGUUAUAUGGAGGAUGUCACGGUGAAUCAGGUGGGGUAUACGCCGCAUCAUUUGAGUUGGUUGAUGGGGAUUGCGAAGCAUUGUGUUUGUGGGAAUAGUUGGAUGCUGGCGCCGGAGAGGAAGAGGGCGAGAUAG